GCAUCUCAAACACUCCUAUAUAUAAAAACACUGUGUGCUGCUAGCAGAGUUUGACCCAUCAGUGCAUGUUGCUAACAUACCUGACAGGUGAGAAGUCGCUGGCUCAUCUGCAGAGACGUACAGAGUAAUGAAUACUUAUGAAGAAUAUGGUGAAGAGGAGCUCAAUGACUACAACAUCCAGAUCAGUAUUCAAGACUCCUGUCAAGAAACUUUUCUGAAAUCUGCCGCCAGUUUAGCAGUGGCAACUGAUGAAAAUCUCCGAGUCCUGGCCGCCAUUGAGCAAGGUGACGUCUUGGUGCUCAGAGAGAUGCUUAACCACACCUUUGCCUUCAGCCAGACAGACAGUCGAGGCUGGCUUCCCCUCCAUCGAGCUGCAUCCCAGCCAGUCUUGGAGGUUCUGGAGACCGUCUUGAGAUCAGCUCAGGGGCCCAGUCUGGAGGAGAGGACAGUUAUAGGAGGAGAGACGCCACUGACACUGGCCGUUAAAGCUGGACUGGUGCAGAAUGUGAAGAGCCUGCUGGAACAUGGAGCAUUGCCUCAGAACAUGAACAACAAACAUGAGUCGCCACUGCUGCUGGCGGUGAGGGCUGGCUCAUACCAGAUGGCGUCCCUGCUGGUGGCUCACGGCGCUUGGGUGGAGCAAAUGUGUCGUAAGAAGUGGACAGCCAUGCAUGAAGCGGCCAAGGUUGGCAACGUGGACAUCUUAAUGCUACUGCUAAGAAAUGGAGGCCGGGUAAACCACAAGGACGUGACGGGAGUAACACCGCUUUCCGUGGCUGCAGAGCACGGACACUGCCACAUCGCUGAGAUCCUGCUGAACUUUGGUAGUAGAGUGAACACUCAGGCCUGUAAUGGAGAAAGUGUCUUAAUGGAUGCAGCUGGAUCAGGAAACAUUGCCUGCAUUCAGCUGUUGCUGGACAACGGAGGAAACCCAAACCUGCCCAGCGUCACUGGACAUCUGCCCAUCCACAAGGCAGCAUAUGCCGGUCACUAUGAUGCUUUGAAAUUGCUGAUUCCACUUACCAAUAAGAAGGCCAUUAAAGAGGCGGGUCUGAGCCCAGUCCACUCUGCUGCAGAUGGAGGUCAUAUACAAUGCCUCCAGCUCUUGCUGGCCUGUGGCUUUGAUGUCAACUACCGCAUGAACACCAGGAACUCUGAAAACUAUCGGGACAUGAGGAGAAGCGCCUUGUACUUUGCCGUCUCAAAUGGGGACGCUGAAUGCACCGAAAUGUUGCUGGCAGCAGGGGCAAAGACAGACUUGGACCCACUGUGCUGCCUCCUGGUGGCGGUCAGGUCAGGCCGUUAUGAGAUUGUGAAGCUGCUGCUGGCAGCUAAAGCCGACGUGAACUGCUACUUCACGGUGGUGAGUGACACGGUGUUUCCUACAGCGCUGCAGUACUGCCUGAAGGACGAGGUCAUGAUGCGACUGCUGCUCAACAAUGGCUACAAAGUGGAAAGGUGCUUUGAGUGUCACCAUGAUAAAGCAAUUGAUGAUGAGGAUGAAGUGGAAAGGAAAAUUCCUUUUUGUGAGUUCAUGAGUCUCUGCUGCCUGAUGCAUCUGUCGGGGAGUGUGGUACGGAUUCUGCUGGAUUACGUCAACCACGUGCACAUGUGCUCCAAACUUAGGCUCACCCUAGAGAAACAGAGAGAGUGGCCUGAGAUAUUUGAAAUCCUCAACAGUCCUCGCUCCCUCAGUCACCUCUGUAGACUGGUGAUCAGGAAGUGUUUGACCCUAAAGAAAAUCAACAACCCUGAAAUCAUGAACUCGCGCAUUUUCCCGCCCAGAUUGAAGCGCUUCAUAAAGUACGAGGAGCUCGACCUUUCCAGCCAGGAUGCAGAAUGCUUCAUGUGAAGGUGUUAGGAUUUCCUGAAGGAGUCCGUCUUGUAUGUCACUGAAAUAAAAGCAUGGAUGUAACUAUUUUAAAAAGUUCUGGCUCUGCUAAAUGUUGUUCCAAUUUAGCAUGAUGCUGCUUUUAUAAUGUUUAUUGCGAGUAUUUUUGACUGACUUUUGAAUUGUGAGGCUGAACAUGUGUUUUUGCAGAAAAGCAUUAAAUCAUAGAAA